AGCCAGGAUCAGAUGUCUGUACAGCACAGUCUUUCUGCUUUCAAAGCUGGACUUCUGUACUCAGCAUCACGCAGCUAGCUUCAACUUACUACACAGCCAGCUGAGCUCUUUUGUAUGUAUCCAACAGCUGAAAGAGGUAAACGAGAAGCAGCUUAGCAUACCCCUGCUGUCAAAUCUAGCUGCUUUCUCUCUAAGUACAAGUUCCUCACUACUUCUGAAGGAUGGCUGACAGAAAGUUUAUUGAGAACACAGAGUCUUUCCAUGAAAAGGAUGAGUUAGAAUGGGGCUAUGAGGAAGGAGUUGAAUGGGGUUUGCUCUUCCCAGAAGCCAAUGGAGAAUACCAGUCCCCCAUUAACCUGAACUCAAGAGAAGCACAGUAUGAUCCCUCAUUGUUGCAGGUACCCCUGUCACCAAAUUAUGUGGUGUGUCGUGACUGUGAAGUCAUCAAUGAUGGGCAUACAGUUCAAAUUCUACUAAGAUCAAAAUCAGUUUUAAUGGGUGGACCAUUACCCAGGAGCCAUGAGUACGAACUCUAUGAUGUUCGUUUUCACUGGGGUAGAGAAAAUCAGCGUGGGUCUGAACACACUGUGAAUUUCAAAGCAUUUCCUAUGGAGAUAGGGAAAGAACACUUAGGGCUGAAGGCUGUCACUGAAAUUCUUCAAGAUAUACAGUACAAGGGAAAAUCAAAAACAGUACCUUGCUUCAAUCCAAACUCAUUGUUGCCUGAUCCUCUUCUGCGUGACUAUUGGGUAUAUGAAGGUUCCCUUACCGUGCCACCCUGCAGUGAAAAUACCACCUGGAUCUUAUUCCGAUAUCCUCUGACUGUCUCCCAGCUGCAGAUUGAGGAAUUUAGAAGAUUAAGAACACAUGCUAAAGGAGCAGAACUGCUAGAGGGCAGUGAUGGAAUGCUGGGAGAUAACUUCAGACCAACACAGCCACUUAGCGACAGAAUUGUUCGUGCAGCAUUUCAGUAGGUCAUGCCAAAAGGUUUGAUGCUUCUAUUUUCAGUGGGAAGACAAUGGGUCUAUAGUGUCCAUUGGAAUGAGAAAUGGGAAUGUCUGAGAGUGUGGUUUCAAUUAAAGCACAAAGACUGCAUUGUCUCAAUUCCUGAGGAUCACAACUGAUGGACGGCUGUGGCAGAUGGCAUAUCCAUUCUGCUUGACGACAAGCUCUAGAAACAGCCUUUGCACAUGAGUGAAGACCCUUUGUCAGUGAUGUCAUUCAAAAUUCAUCUUUGUAACAAGUCCUUAGAUGCUAUAUUGUGUUAAUGUGUUGAUGUAACUUCUUUGUGCAUACUUGUCACUGUAUACUUACUAUAUGUUAGCAGUGAACCGCAUCAGUGUUUUGAGAUUGUUGACUUAAUGUGUAGAUAUUUGUUGCAUAGCAGUAUGUAAAUAUAGUACAAACUCAGAAGUAUGCUUUGAAUUUCUUGGAGACAGAAUGAAAAUUAAAAAUGAAUGUAUCUCAAAGUCAAGAUUAUCAGUAUCAGCACAGCAGCAGAUAAAUGUUUUUAAGGCCUUUGUUACACACAAAAACUCACACACUCGCAUAGACACACAUGCAGAAGCACACAAACACCUGUAGAAUUCUAAAGAAUGCAAUAAUGUAAUGCACAAUCAGAACUGCAUUUUCUGGUGUGUAUCAAUUCAAAAUGUUCAGGAAUACUUCAACAUCUUGAAAAAUAAGCUCUCUAUAUAUACUGUUUUUAAUUAAAUGUGUAUGGAAAGGUUUGCUAGUUUAAUCUUCUUCCAACUCUGUAGUUACACACACACACACACCCACACACACACACACACACACACACACACACACACACACACACACACACACACACACACACACACACACAAACCCUAUGAGUGCUUGCAUACCCAGUUUUGCAGAUGCACAAACACAGAUUCACACACACACACAUAACCAAAAUGCAUAGAAUACACAUGCAGUUUUUACCGUCAUAUAGUAUAAUUUCUGAAACACAUGCCUUUUAAGAAACCCAUUCUGAUCAUAUGAGAGAUAAAACUGAAAGAUGCCAGACAAAACAAUUAAGUUUUGGAAGCCUUACCUUAAAUAUGAGUACUUUAAAAAUACUUUACACAAUCAUGUUUAGUUACUAAAAUGAUACAAAAUAGCACCGGCAAAUGUUCAGCAUGUAGAAUUAUUUAUAUUUUUUAGGAAGUCAAGGUCAUCUCUAGGACUUUGAGAUAUGCCUAUCUGGAGAACAGUUUCCUGUUUGCCUGUGAUUUCUCAUAGCAAAUGUAUUGUAAAAAUAGUUAAAUCAGUACACAAUAGAUUUGAUAAUAUGCAGAGAUAAUGCCUGCCAGAACAUCCAUUCCAUUAAAGUAAGUAAUUUAUGAGGACAUUUGUCAAAAGGGAAAUGAUACUAGAUUGUAUAUACUGCUUAAAUAUAUUUAUAGUAAAGACAUGCAUUUUAUUUUAGCCCUUAUUGUAGAAAAUGGUGAAUUUAACUAUGUUUGUAUAAGUAUGUACAUGAAAUAAACUUAUUCAAUAAAGUAUUCCUUGGAAUGGA